UGGCAGGGGCAGAUAUUAAAGCUUUGGAUCCGGCAGAGCCGCAGUUAUUUGUAGGCAGCGAGUGUCGCGGUUCCGGAGUAGUGCGAAGUCUGAGGCCACCAUGAAGCAGUUCUGGGCUGUCGGCCUGUGCCUCGUCCUCCUGGCUUGUGCUUCUGUAAGAGCUGAAGAUGAAGUAGAUGUUGAUGGUACUGUGGAGGAUGACCUUGGAAAAAGCAGGGAUGGUUCACGGACAGAUGACGAAGUUGUAAGCAGGGAAGAGGAAGCUAUUCAGCUGGAUGGCCUCAAUGCUGCCCAAAUAAAGGAAAUCCGAGAGAAAUCUGAAAAGUUUGCAUUCCAGGCUGAAGUUAAUAGAAUGAUGAAGCUUAUUAUUAAUUCCCUGUACAAGAACAAGGAGAUUUUCUUGCGGGAAUUGAUUUCCAAUGCUUCGGAUGCUCUUGACAAGAUCCGGUUAAUUUCUUUGACUGAUGACGUUGCCCUUGCUGCUAACGAAGAAUUGACAAUAAAAAUUAAGUGUGAUAAAGAGAAGAACAUGCUGCAUAUAACAGAUACUGGCAUUGGUAUGACAAAGGAUGAGCUUGUCAAGAAUUUGGGAACAAUUGCUAAAUCUGGCACCAGUGAAUUUUUGAACAAGCUGACAGAAGUCCAGGGAGACGGCCAGUCCACCUCUGAGCUGAUUGGCCAGUUUGGAGUUGGAUUCUAUUCUGCCUUCCUAGUUGCAGAUCGUGUAAUUGUAACGUCAAAACACAACAAUGACACACAGCACAUAUGGGAGUCUGACUCCAAUGAAUUCUUUGUGACUGAGGAUCCUCGUGGUGACACACUGGGAAGAGGAACAACCAUAACCUUGGUCUUGAAAGAAGAAGCAACUGAUUAUCUUGAGCUGGAAACCAUUAAAAACCUUGUGCGGAAAUAUUCUCAGUUUAUUAAUUUCCCUAUUUAUGUUUGGAGUAGUAAGACUGAGACCGUAGAAGAGCCCAUUGAUGAAGAGGAAGCUAAAGAGGAGAAGGACGAAGAGACUGAUGAAGAAGCUGCUGUUGAAGAAGAGGAUGAAGAGAAGAAACCCAAAACUAAGAAGGUUGAGAAAACAAUCUGGGACUGGGAACUUAUGAAUGACAUCAAGCCAAUCUGGCAGAGGCCUUCCAAAGAAGUUGAGGAGGAUGAAUACAAAGCUUUCUAUAAGUCCUUCUCCAAGGAAAGUGAUGAUCCCAUGGCUCAUGUCCACUUCACUGCUGAAGGAGAGGUUACGUUCAAAUCCAUCUUGUUCAUUCCUGCUACUGCUCCACGUGGUCUGUUUGAUGAAUAUGGCUCUAAGAGGAGUGACUAUAUUAAGCUCUUUGUCCGCAGAGUCUUUAUAACAGAUGACUUCCAUGACAUGAUGCCUAAAUACUUGAACUUUGUCAAGGGAGUGGUUGAUUCUGAUGACCUGCCACUGAAUGUAUCCAGAGAAACACUGCAACAGCAUAAGUUAUUAAAGGUUAUUAGAAAGAAGCUUGUGCGGAAGACUCUGGACAUGAUAAAGAAAAUUGCAGAUGACAAGUUCAAUGGCACAUUCUGGAAGGAAUUUGGUACCAAUGUUAAGCUUGGUGUGAUUGAAGACCAUUCUAACCGUACACGUCUGGCAAAACUUCUCCGAUUCCAGUCUUCUAAUCAUAAGACAGAGCUGACAAGCUUAGAGCAAUAUGUGGAAAGAAUGAAGGAAAAACAAGAUAAAAUCUACUUCAUGGCUGGAGCAAGCAGGAAAGAGGUGGAGUCGUCCCCAUUUGUUGAACGUCUUCUGAAGAAAGGCUAUGAAGUAGUCUUCCUAAUCGAGCCUGUGGAUGAGUACUGCAUACAGGCCCUGCCAGAAUUUGAUGGCAAGAGGUUCCAGAAUGUUGCAAAAGAAGGGCUGAAAUUUGAUGAAAGUGAUCAGGCAAAAGAAGCGCAUGAGGCAUUGGAGAAGGAAUAUGAACCUCUUCUAACUUGGAUGAAGGAUAAGGCUUUGAAGGAUCAGAUUGAAAAAGCGGUUUUAUCUCAGCGGUUGACACAAUCACCUUGUGCACUUGUUGCUAGUCAGUAUGGGUGGUCUGGCAAUAUGGAAAGGAUAAUGAAGGCACAGGCUUACCAGACCGGAAAAGAUAUUUCCACUAGUUAUUACUCAAGCCAGAAGAAAACCCUAGAAGUUAACCCAAGGCAUCCUUUGAUUAAGGACCUGUUAAGAAGAGUAAAGGAAAAUGAAGAUGACCAAACUGUGUCGGACCUUGCAGUUGUACUUCUUGAGACUGCCACCUUACGGUCAGGAUAUCAGUUGCCAGACACUAAGGCAUAUGGAGAACGGAUUGAAAGGAUGCUACGGCUCAGUUUAAAUAUUGAUCUAGAUGCCAAGGUGGAUGAGGAGCCAGAAGAGCCAGAAGUUACAGAUGAAGCAGAACAAGAAGAUUCAGAUGUUGAAGAGGUUGAUGCAGAGGAAAGUGAUGACACAGCAGAAGCAGAUCAAACAGACAAACAGGAAUCAACACACAUAAAAGAUGAAUUCUAAAUGCCAUUUCACAGUGGAGGGGGGUUGGGUUUUAUUUUAUUUUUUAGUGUUUGAGUUUUUGUUUUUUAUAUAAACAUUCCUCAUGAAUGUAAAUUUGUACUAUUUAUGAGUGUAAAGUUGCAAAAUCUUUCCACGUGAACAGACAUUCUAAAGCCAUGCAGGAUUCAUUGUCCAGAUCUACCAUGGCAGUACAUUAACCAACUUGACUCGUCAAAGCACUGCAAGCUGAACUUCAUUUGGAAGUUGGAGGGUUAUAGCACUUAAUGGAUCAUGGAUCUCCCCUUGACAUAUUGACUGAUGUAUAACCUAAUGCUACCAGUGUGGGACUGGGCUCUGCCUCAAAUGUGACAUUUAAAGUGUAAAGAUUAUUUUUGUAAAUAGGAAAUGUCUUGAAAGACCCCUGGUUCUAAGCUGAAGUUGCAGCAUCUUGUAACCUUUUCCAGUUACUGUUGUCACAAUGUUGCAGUGUAUUUCCACAUCGAUUUGCCUCACAAUAAAGUUGUAAGAGACUUUGUGAAUGA